UCACGUGAUCAAAAUCACCCAGAAGUUGUCAGUGAGAGAAAAAACAAAACAAGAACAAGUGUAGAAAGCCGGUUAGCGUGUCCUUAGCUUAGCUGUAUUUAAUAUACACUUAUUUAACUGUUGGUCAACAAAAGUAUUCCCUACGAUGAUUCAAGCUCUGAAAGGCGUCAGACACGUGACUUCCGGUACAAUGAAACAAGCAGUUUCAGAGCUCCUUGUACCGGUUCCAUGGGGGCAGAUCAGAGGAAAAGUCUGGGGUCCUGAUCACGGUCGGCCCGUUCUGUGCCUUCAUGGCUGGUCAGAUAACUGUGGCUCAUUCAACACCCUCCUUCCCCUUCUACCUACAGAUUUCAGAUAUGUGGCCGUGGACCUGCCAGGUCAUGGCUUCUCAUCACAUCGUCCUCCUGGAAUUAUGUACAAUUUCCCCUCCUACGUGAUGGAUGUUCGCAGAGUGGUUGAAGCUCUUAAGUGGAGCAAAUUCUCCAUCAUUGGCCACAGCAUGGGCGGUAACAUAGCUGGGGUGUUCAGCGCCGUGUUUCCUGAGAUGGUGGAUGCUGUUGUGCUGUUGGACUCCUUUGGAUUUUUACCCACAGAUUUGAAAAAGAUUCCUGUAAUAAUUAGGCAGGGGUUUGAUGAGAUGAUAGAGUUUGAAAAGCAGCCAAAAGAAAAGACAACAAGAGUUUAUACUUACGAAAAGGCUGUUGAGAGGUUGUUGGCUGGGAACGAUAGUCUGACUGAACAAUCUGCAAAAGUCCUUUUGGAGCGAGGUCUAGUUCAAGUUGAAGGAGGGUUUGUGUUUUCCAGAGACUUUCGUCUUAACCUGAAAAAUGUGGUACGCAACACCGUGGAGCAGUGUCUGGAUAUGCAGUCAAAAAUUCAAGCUCCUGUUUUAGUUCUUCUGGCAGAAGGAGGCUUUGAACAAAAGUUUCUGGAACCAGAGCAGAAGAAAUGUUUUACAGUAAUUCUUCAGGCCUACAGGAACAGAAAUCACACCGUGGUGAGUGUUCCGGGUGAUCACCACGUCCAUCUGAACAAUCCUGAAGUUGUGGCUCCACUUGUGUCCGACUUCCUGCAGAACAAAGCUAGCUCCCACUCGUCAAGACUAAAAGACGCUCAUACUCCUAAGUUAUAGUAAUCAUGCAUGUUUAGUUCAUUCAUAAUCCCACUUUUAACACAUCUGCUGAAAGUUGUGCGUUAUCAUAUUGAUGGAGGCCUGUUUUCACUCACGCUAGCGCUUAAACUAGAUGUUUUAGCUGCUUGGCUUGGGUAAAUUCGUGUUGGACACUUUUGUCUUUGAUACUAAAGAGUUUAUACUUAAAAGGACUCUGAUGUGUUUUAAGAGUUUACAAUGAAUCAGAACAAACGUCUGUGGUUAUUUCGAACAAAGAACGCUAUAUAGCUUGAUGAUUGUACCAACAAACGGUAUCGUGUGUCUGUUAACAGGAAUCUAACACCAACCAUGAUGGAAUUCUAGUAAAAAUCUAUCAGAAGUUUAUUAGUCAUGACAACUUUAUUCCAAUUUAGCCAAUAAAAUCUGUUUUAAUA